CGCCAGUGCCGCCAGUCAGUUCGUUGGUGGGGCUCCCGCAGCGGGGAGCGCCUGGAGACAUCGCUGGUGGGCAGGCGGCACGCCCGCCCAACACUGGCUGCUGGGGGCUGGCCAGCCAUGUCGUCAGCAUACGCCACGACCGCCCUGGCCAUUGUGCUCUUCGCCCACGAUGGAGGGGCAGAGAGGGCGGCGGCUGCCUGCACUCGGGAGGCCAUGAGCCGCUGCUCGGAGCCCCUGCGCGUGCUCACCGACAACCGGGACUUGGGCUUCGCCGCCACCGAAAGGGAGCUCUCCAGGCUGUGUCCCACGCUGAUGGAGGGAAUUGACUGCAUGGAGAACUUCGCAGUGGACUGCCUGAAGCCCCAUCACCGGUCGUACUUCAAUACCCUGUAUGCUGGCACACAACGUCUGAUCUCUGGCCUGUGCUCGCCUGGAGACUACCAGACCGAGUACCUGCUGCACGCGCCCUGCAUGCGCACCGUGCAGCGCGGGUACGAGGUGUGCGCCGACGAGUAUCACUCGCAGAUGGACCUGAUUACAAUCGACUCGCCGGCGGCAGACGCUGGUGACUCUUCCGUCCAGAUCCAGAUGCUCUGCUGUUCGUUCAAGAGUUACCUUCACUGUUCUCAACAAGCAGUGAUGCAUAGAUGUGGAAUCGGCACGGCAAACUUCACCAAGAACUUUCUAGAACGACUGGCGGGACCACUUGUACAAACCCACUGUGCCGGCUUCACACAUGGCUCGGACGCGUGCCUGAGCGGCGUCGGCGGCAGACGGCCCGCUCUGCUGCCCGGUGUCGCUGCUCUGCUGGCGCUCUGGCUGACGUCACGGCUGAUGUAGCUCGCCGCGCCGCUGCUGGCGGAAGCUGCUCUGCUGGCGCUCUGGCUGACGUCACGGCCGAUGUAGCUCGCCGCGCCGCUGCUGGCGGAAGCUGCUCUGCUGAUGCUCUGCUUGACGUCACGGCUGACGUGGCUUGCUCGCCGCUGCUGGGGGAAGCUGGCCUGCUGGCGGGCUGGCAUCAUGGCUGAUGUAACUUGCCGCGCCGCUGCUGGCAGAAGCAGCCUUGUUGGCGCUCUGACUGACGUCACGGCUGAUGCAGCCCACCGCGCCUCUGCUGGCGGAAGCUACUCUGCUGGUGCUCUGGCUGGCGUCACGGUGUCGUUGAAAUCCUGGCGGCGGCACGACAUCCAUCGCCAUAAGCUUUGUAUCAUUGGGAGGUGUUAACUGCACAACCAGAGUCCAUUACGCACUUAAGAAAUUUGUAAUGUGUGUUUGCAAUGAAUGCGGUGUCGGCGACCAGAUCUCGAGAUCUUCGCAGGAUCUUAGACUGGCUGUAUGUUUAUGAUAUCGUGUGUUCCGUGGCGAUACGGUUGUGAUGUUGCUCCGGUCAGUGCGCGCCACUUCCUUUGAGGCUAUGGUGAAUCAUUGUGUGAAAAGACUCGCGUAUUUUCGCAUUCCAAAUACAUUUGAAUUUCAGCUGCCUGGA